UCAGAAGCGGAGCUCUCGGUGCUUCGCUUUUUGAAGAGGGAAUAUACCUUGUUUUCAUCUAUUUUGAUUGUAAAAUAUGAUCACAAAGAAUGGGAUCAACCAGUAAAUACAGCUACAACCCAUGUCAGUGAUGAUGGCUGGAGCUCUCCUAGAUUUUAAAACAACCUGAGAAAGUUGAAUUUGAGCAGGAUACUUUUACAAUUGAUCAGGGAUAAAUCCCUCAAUCAUAAUCUUGCAAUAAGCUUCGAUUGCACGUAGACUGAUCCGGCUGUCUCCUCUUCACCGAGUGAAAGAGGACAGAAGAAGGUGACUCUUACUGGACUUUACAUGUCAGUAACUUCAAGUCGCUGUCUUGGUGAGGACACAGAGAGCAGACGAUGAUGAGGCUGGUCUGUUGCUGCAGUGCUCUGCUGCUGCUCGUUCUCACUCCCAGAGUCUGUCAGGGUGGAAACAUCCUGGUACUUCCUGCAGAAGGCAGUCACUGGGUCAACAUGGAUAUUGUGCUUCAAGCUUUGCACUCCAGAGGUCACAGUCUGACUGUUGUGCGCUCCAAUAAAAGCUGGUACAUCAAGGAAAAGGCCCCCCACUACACUACUAUUACUGUUCAAGUGGAGAGAAGUAUAGAUGAGUCUUUCAUUGCAAAAGUUGUGUCAGAGGGACUUGCAUUUGAACGUGGGUCUCUUCCUUUGACUCAUUUCCUCUACUCGGCUUUUGGCAUGCUUGGUGUAUUUCGUGAAGCUCAUGAAAUUGUGGGUGACUUUGCAUCAGCAUUGCUCGAUGAUGCAGAGUUAGUAACACGAAUCAAAGACAAAAAAUUUGAUCUUCUACUCACUGAUCCCUGCUGGGGUGGUGGAGCCAUUGUGGCCAAAUAUUUCCACCUUCCAUUAGUUUAUAAUGUCCGCUGGUUAAUCGCGAUGGAGGCUCAUCUUGCCAUUGCCCCUUCACCUUUAUCCUAUAUCCCUAUAAAUUUAUCUGGUAACACUGACAAGAUGACCUUUUUUCAGAGAGUUAAAAACAUGAUUUUACACAUAAUGAGUCACUUACAAAAUAACAUAGCGAGCAGAGACAUAUAUCAGAAGGUGUGUGAGAAAUAUCUUGGGCCUGACUGUGACUACUAUCAGUUAAUGAUUGAUGCGGACAUCUGGCUGUUGAGAACGGACUUUGUGUUUGAUUAUCCACGCCCCACCAUGCCUAACGUCAUCUACAUGGGGGGGUUUCAGUGUAAACCUGCCAAACCUCUGCCUCAACAUUUGGAGGACUUUGUGCAGAGUUCUGGAGAUCAUGGAUUCAUCAUCAUGUCUCUGGGAACUUUUGUGAGUGAACUUCCUGCUGAUUUAGCAAAUGAGAUUGCUGCAACUUUUGCCAAACUGCCACAGAAAGUCAUCUGGAGGUAUAAAGGAGAGAAACCAGACACUCUGGGUAACAACACUUUACUGGUGGACUGGAUGCCACAGAAUGACCUUUUGGGACACCCGAAGAUCAAACUGUUUGUGGCUCACGGAGGAACAAAUGGAAUCCAAGAAGCAUUGUAUCACGGAGUGCCGGUUGUGGGCAUUCCUCUGUUUUUUGACCAAUAUGACAACAUUCUCCGUCUGGCAGACAGAGGAGGAGCUAAGAUUCUUUCAGUAGCUACAAUGGACAAAGAUGACAACUUCCUGAAGGCCAUUCAGGAGGUCCUGACUGAGCCCUCCUACAGGAACAACAUGCAGAGACUCUCCAGGCUGCACAGGGAUAAGCCAGUGACACCGAUGGAUAACGCCCUCUUCUGGAUGGAGUUUGUCAUGAGACACAAAGGUGCAGCUCACCUGAAAGCUCAGGGCAACAGGAUGCCCUGGUACUCCUACCACUCUGUAGAUGUCGCUCUGUUCCUGGUUGGAGCUCUCAUCCUCCUGCUGUUCACUGUUUUCUUCUUGUUGAGGUGUUUAUGUGCUGCUGUGUGUAAGCGCAAAGCAAAACGUGAUUGAGAAUCAUGAAUAUACAUCAUGUCGGGUCACUUAAAUCACUUCAGUUCAUCUUGAGAUGAUAUAUUUGACCAUUUUCAAUUGAACGCUGAUUCAAAUUAGUGUUAAAAUUUUGCAAGAAAAUCAACGAUAUGAAUUAAAAUUAUUUCAAGUUUUUUUUUCAUAUAAUGAUAAAGAUUUCCAUGUAAUGUAGUAUGACUGAAGUUUCCAAGGGAAAUUGUUCAUAGUUUUCUUGCCAUAUUUUACACAUUUAUACUGUACAUGUGUGUUAUAAAGAUGCUAACUCUGAUUCCCAACACCAAAGAAAUUAAAGUCAGUUUGUUUGUCAUGUUUUCUUUCGUCUGUUUACCAAGACACAGAUUAUGGUGUUUAUCAUGAGUGAAACAGAGCAGCUGAAGUAGCCUCAUGUUCACUUAUGCUGUUGACCUUUCACUUUAAAGUCUGAGCUAAUUAAGAAUUAUAAUCGAGAGACAUUAAUCGCCAUGACUUGUAAAUGUUAAUGUUCAGAUCCUGAAAUGCACACACGAUAAAUGACAGUCAGUUUUCGUGAGCUUAAUUUAGUGUGCUUUAUUGGCCAAUAUUGAUCCACUGAUUGCCUUUAUUGCCUUUUACUGGAGUAGAGUGUGUAUCCAGACACAGAAAAGUCUGGCGGAUUUGUAGUGUGUAUCUGUUCCUGUCAGGACAGAUAACAGAAACAGACUGAAUUUAGGUCGUGUUACAUCUUUAAACUGGAGCAUAAGGUUUUACAUAUGUCAAAGUAAGUACAUGUUGCCAUAAUUGGACUCAUCUGCAGUCAGAUGUUAAUGUGUUGACGAAGCUUGCACAAAUGAAACAAAUGACAUCAACACAACAUGGGAAAUAUACCAUGAAUACUACACAGAUGUUGAGGUUUAAUGAUGUCCCACGCAUCAUGACAAUUAUGUAUGUACAAAACACCAGUAACACAAAACUGAGACAGCAGAAGUGGUAAAACAUAGUACACACGUGAACAUGGUAUCAGGUGCCAUGCUGCUGGUUUACAUGAAUAAACACACUUAAGAAUUUCCUGCUGUUUUUAUUUAUUUUUUCUCCUCAUCACAUGUCACCACUAAAAUAAUUCCCUGAGCUCAUUAUAUGAUCCAGUCGUCUGCUGCUCCAGUUGCUGUUACAGUACAGCUCUCAUCAGAUUUUUCUUCUCCAGCAGUUUUUCCUACAAAAUCCUACAAUGAAAUGUCCUGGAUUCUUCUUUCAUGUUCUGUCUCUCACAGCCUAAGUGUACCAAUGAUGAAAUGUACAGACCUCUGUCAUCAUUUUAAGUGGGGAGAACUUCAACAAUCAGUGGCUGGCAAUACAUUUUCGCCCCGCUGUACAAUGCAAUGUACAUGUGCACAAUGGGCCAUUUUCACUGCUCCACCACUUCCUGAAAAUAGCUGUGCACAUUCAUUUCCUGUCUUGCAUUAUUGGCCAAAAUGAUUAAUCCAGGUGUGUCUUGUUGC